CCCCCAAGACCUUUACGCGUUACCUUUUUACCCGCCCAGCCCCGCCGCUACACGCUUCACGACCGAAAUGAUGUUCACAAAGGCCGUCGCUGCUCUUUUCCUUAGUGCUCUCGCCCAAACAGGCAUGACCUACGCUGCUCCUCUUGAGAAGAGGGACGUCUACUCGCCGCCGGUGCUCUAUCCCCACACUGGCACUGUUUGGUAUUCGGGACAGACUCACAACGUGACAUGGGACAACUCGAACCCACCCACGUCCAUCUCGAACAGGGCGUUCAUCCUCCUCCGUCAGGGCAAUUCCGAGCUACCCGUUGUCCUUGCCCACGACUUUGACCUGCGUGCGGGCCGUGUGGAGGUCGAGGUCCCCGACGUCAUCACCGGGAACUUUAGCAUCGUCUUGUUCGGUGACUCUGGCAACUGGAGCGAAGACUUCCUCAUCAAUGGCCCCAUUGACUUCUAAUCAUCUCAUUCGAACGUUCACGACAAACUCAGACGACUGCCACGGACUUUUUGAACGCACACCCUCACGAACUUUUGCAUCUAACAACUGAACUUUGGCGCUCCGUUACUCGUUGGACUUCGUAGUGCUUUCAUAGCGAACUUUUGCUCGGGGAAUGUGUUAAUAGUACCGCCGUGCUUGGAUCAUUUCGGACCUUAGCAUACUUAAUUACGUAACACCAUAAUACACUGCAUGGAAUCGGUGCUGUCGUGUCAUUGUCUGACGCGAC